AUGGAGGUGGGCGCCAGUCUCCUCGCCUUCAUCGGCUUCGGGCUCACAUCCAUCAAAACCUUUCACAAGUUCGUUACGAGCAUCAAAGAUGGGCCACAGAGGCUGCAUGACCUCGCACGCGCGCUCGACAGCCUGCGGGCGGCAUACGAGCGAACCCAAGCCCUCCAAGAGUUGCCCGGCAUUCUGGAGUCCAGUCCUUCUUUGUUGGAUCAGCUGAGGCGAUGCAACGACGACGUCGACAGGUUCAGCAAGACCCUCGUCAAGAUGCAGAUACAGCCGGGCGAAAGGCUGUACAGCACGCUGCGGAAGAAGUUCAAGCUGCCGCUUUGCGAAGACGAAAUCAGAGACAUGCUGGGCAUCUUUUCGGGGCAUGUCAACAGCUUCACGCUUGAAAUCAGCGUUCUGGAUAUCCGAAUCGCGCACCGUAACUCAUCUGGAAUCUUGCAAGUCAUUACAGGGACCGAGCAUCAGUCCAACAUGAUGAAGCAGCAGCACACGAGUCUCGAGGAGAUCAAAGAGGAUGUUUUUCGUUCCAGCUCGCAGAUAGAACACGUCCAGACUGUCGUCAACGCUCUGGCGCUGAAAGUUGAAAGUUUGCCGGCCGUAUCUACCCAGUACUCCACGUCGAUUCUUAACAUGCUUGCCAAGCUCGAAGGGAGAGUCAACGAGUUGUCGUUGCAAGAACAGAAGAUGUUCGAUAAUACCUCAAGAUCUGUCAGCGCCUUCGACAUCGCCCCUGGUUAUGGACGAAACAUCGAGAGCGGCAACGCUAGGGUGGUGGGCAGCAUCCACCGAUUAUCUGCCCUGCUCGAGAACAAGAACCAAAUUGCCGAAUUUGAAGAAGCCGAAGGCGUUAUUGAUGAUCUUGAGACACUGCUUCAGCAGAUGGACACGGCCAUUCAACAUAUGGGACCGGGGGAGCCAACUAGCCAUAGGACAGGCUUUCAAAGCGUAGAGAAGGAGCACCGCAAGGAGAUGAAGCGGGCUCUUCGGGUCUUGAAAGGAAGUCCGAAGCUCAAAGCCGACGUGAUUCACCCAGCGGAAGAGUAA